GCCCACGGCCACACCCCUUCCUCCUGCGAGCAUGGUGGUGCUGAAGGGCAUCCCGGCGCUUCUGUCCCCAGAGCUGCUUUACGCCCUGGCGCGGAUGGGGCACGGGGACACCAUCGUUCUUGCAGACAUGAACUUCCCCACGUCCUCCAUCUGCAAGUGUGGCCCAGAGGAGAUCCGCGCAGAUGUGGAGAACAAGCAAUUAGGAUUCAGAGUGGAAAGCAGGCAGAAAAGUCUAAUCGUGCAGAAGAAGGUGAACUUCGAUGGCAGCAGGUUCCCUUUAUGUGGCCUGGGCAUCCCGCAGCUCCUGGAGGCCGUGCUGAAGCUGCUGCCACUGGACACCUAUGUGGAGAGUCCGGCUGCUGUCAUGGAGCUGGUGUCCAGUGACAAGGAGAGGGGCCUCCAGACCCCGGUGUGGAAGAGCUACCAGUCCAUCCUCUUGGAGGCUGGCUGCUCGAGCCCCCUUGAGAAGAUAGAGAGGUUUGAGUUUUAUCAGCAAGCCAAGAAGGCCUUUGCUAUUGUAGCAACUGGGGAGACGGCCCUCUACGGAAACCUCAUCCUCAAGAAGGGGGUGCUGGCCCCCGAAGCCCUGUUCUAGACGGGUGAGGAAUCAGGACCCCUGAGCCCGACAACACUACCAGCAGGCCCUGCCCUCCUGGCAGCACGCAGACCUCACCCAGCCGGGCGCGUGACCGGCAGGUCCUUGGGGGGCUGCUGAUCGGCUGGGAUUCUCUCUAUCUGAAAAAUGAUGGAGUCCAGCCGGUGUGGCUCAGUGAUUGAACCAAGAGGUCACUGGUUCUAUUCCAAGUCGGGGCACAUGCCUGGGUUUCGGGCUCAAUCCCCAAUGGGUGCAUGCAGAAGUGGCUGAUUGAAGUUUCUCUCUCAUCAACGUUUC